GGUCUCACUCAGGCGGGGCGACGAUGGACAGCCGGGUGAAGACCGUCAGCGGAGUCCUGGACUUGGCGUCGGCGCUGCGGGUCAGCCACCGGCAGCUGGUGGUCGUGCUCUUCUCCACCAGCUGGUGCGAGUUCUGCCAGAUGAUCCGGCUGUACCUCGGCGAGUUCGCCGAGCGCUACCAGGACGUCCACUUCUGCGAGGUGGACAUCAACGCGGCCAGGGAGGUGGUGCAGCGCUGCCGCAUCGCGUGGUUCCCCACCUUCCAGUUCUACAGGAACGGCUCCAAGGUCUUCCAGUUCAAGGGACCCAACCGGUGCCUCCUGGAAGAGAUGAUCCAGAAACUGCGGGGUGGGAAGUGCGGUCCCUGCCCGGAUUAAAGCCAGCCGGCUACUCGUCCCUCCCAAGCCUCCGGGCUUCCUUGUGCCUGCUUGUUGGCAUGAGGUCUCGAAUCGCGCUGUCUCAAUCGAACCGGAGCCGAUCCGCUCUUUUAGGCUGUAACAUAUUCCAAUCCACUGUUUUCUUAGAACAAGUAAACG